AUGUCCAUCACGCACAUUGUCCUUUUCCAAUUCAAGGCGGACGCGUCCCCAGCUGCCAUCAAAGACGCCUGUUCGCGCAUGCUCGCCUUGAAAGAUAACUGCGUCCACCCUACCUCCCAAAAACCGUAUAUCAAAUCCGCGGUAGGAGGGGCGGAUAAUUCGCCCGAGGGGAUCCAGGGAGGAAUCACGCAUGCGUUCGUUAUGGAGUUUGCCACAGCCGAGGACAGGGAGUAUUAUGUGUCGAGUGAUCCCACACAUCAGGCGUUUGUGAAGAGUCUGGGUGGGAUUAUUGAGAAGGCGCAGGUUGUUGAUUUUUCCAAUGGGGUGUAUUAA